AAAGGUUAGUGGUUCAAAUUGGUUAACAUAAGUAUGACAACUAUAAACCACGAUGUGACAAAGAUCACAAAGAAGAGUCAAAAAGGGGUUAAACAGAGGAAUACUAGAUGAGAAAAGGAGGAUACAAAAGUGUGUGUGAGAGAGAAAAAGUGAGAGACCGAUUCAGAGUGGCGGACUUGUAGAAUAACUUACAUCAACAUUAUUCCUGAAUGUUUUCAAAAAUGAAGGACACGAUGUGUGAAGUUCAACAGUUUUAGAGUGAAUGAAAGGGAAGAACACAAACAAAAGUUAAUCAAGACAGAGGGUUGCAGGCCCACCAAAAAUCUCACAAUACAUUACAAUUACAGCACUUUUUUAAUAGAAUACAAAUUAUUUCUACCACACUUCUCAUUUUAAAAUCCAGCAGUGAGCAGAGUAAGCCAUAGUUGUAAUGGGACUUAUGAACAUGACAGAAGAUCACUACAGUGUUGUCAGCCAAAGCUAUGACUACAGCCUCCUCAAUAUCACCUCAGAGAACAUCACUGUCCAUGGGGGCUUCCUGUCCCUCUUUUCUUCAGCCAUGGACAAGCUCCUCAAUGGCUUCUCGAUCAUCAUUCUUUUCAUCACCAUGACCUCUCUAGGCUGCACCUUGGAUAUUGGGAAAAUCAGGGACCACUUUGUCAAGCCAAAAGGUGUAGCAAUAGCUAUGACAGCUCAGUUUGGCAUCAUGCCUCUUGUGGCCUUCUGCCUAGCCAAAGUCUUUCAGCUAGAGUCUACUGAGGCUGUCACUGUGCUGAUCUGUGGAUGCUGUCCUGGUGGGAACCUCUCGAACAUUUUGUCCUUAGCUAUCCAAGGGGACAUGAAUCUAAGCAUUGUGAUGACCACAUGCUCCACAGUCAUGGCAUUGGUUGCAAUGCCUUUUCUCCUUUAUAUGUACUGCCAAAGUUUCCAUGGUAUGGAGUUUGCGGUCCCCUAUGUUGGUAUCAUCAUUUCCCUCAUCACGAUCUUGAUGCCCUGUGCCAUUGGCAUCAGCAUCAACCACUGGGCACCACGUUAUUCACAAAUCAUCCUUAAGGUUGGUAUGAGGAUUUGGAUAACAGCCUGUGUGGCCAUUGGAGUAUUGUCUGGAAUUGCUAUCGGGGAAAUGGUAGUGUUCUCCCCACAGCUCAUGGCAGUGAGUUGUCUCAUGCCCUUCCUAGGCUUCCUUCUUGGGUAUAUCCUGUCAACCAUACUCCGCCAGAAUGCACAGUACAAGAGGACAAUUGCCAUGGAGACUGGCUGUCAAAAUGUCCAGCUGUGCUUCACUAUUUUGAAAGUGACAUUUUCUCCAGAGGUCAUUGGACCCCUAUAUCUUUUUCCAUUAAUUUACUUUGUAUUUCAGGUGGUCGAAGCUCUGCUCUUCAUAAUUCUUUUCAGAUGUUACCAAAGGUGUAAACCCUCAACUAAAGUAGAGAAAACUGUACCUGGCAGUUGUGGACAAACUGGAGAAGAUGAAGUUCUCUAAUAAAACACUUCACCUGGGCAGCCCAAUGGACAUAAAGGAUUAAACUGCAGACCAUUAAACUGACAGCAAAAAAUCAUCAUCCAACAAAACAAUUUACCCAAUGUUCCAUAGGUUUGUUUUAGAAUUCUUAGAACAGCCUUAAUACUGCAUGGCAUAGAAUCUUCCCUUUUGCAUAGAACCUUUCUAUUUUUUUCCCUUUACUUUUUGAAAAAUUGGUGUAUAUGAAUAUCUAGUUAGAAUAUCUUUAGUUAAAAAAGUCAAGUUUUACAUUUUGGACAGUAAUAAGGUAGGCAUGAAAGAUCAAUGUCGCAAACAGUGUAAAGCAGUUAAAAGAAUAUUUAAUCAGAAAACAUCAGAAGUUAUUUACAAUGCAAAGAUAAAUUAAACUUUUAUACAAAAAAAACCCCACAAAACAAAAAACUACUGCUUGCUAGUUAUUUCAUUCUGUUCCAAAAUGAAAACUGAGGUGAUAUAGUACAGAACAUCACUUUUUGGCAUUAAAUAAAUCCAUUUACAUUAAAUUAUUCAGUUUGCUCCUGCAAAGAAUCAUUAUAUCCUUCAGUGAAGUUUUAUUUUACAAUGCUAAUCAAUAGCACUUCAUAUACAAGGUCUGUUUUUUCAAAUUACUAAAUAAAAUUCUCCAAUGCAAAAGAAAAUGCAAACAUAAAAUCUGAACAAUAAAACCUGUCAUACUGUCAAAAACAUUACGCUCACCCAGACAUUUAUUUAAGACAUAUUUAUGGUUUUAUGAGUCUCUAGGAAAAUAAUACAACCUUCAACAGAAACAGCUAGUUUUUAGAUUUUGACAUUGAAAUAUCAGAUUUUGCCAGUGAGGUGGUAGCCUCUUUGAUAAUAUGUAUACUCUCAAAGCAAAUAUAUGAUUUUUUGGACCUGUUUAUUGCCAGCCACCUCCUAAUCCCAUCCUAAAGGAUCUUACAAUGCUAUCAAUAACAACUAGCAUGCCGUACAUAAUCAAGAUAUUUUGAUCAGGCAUGCUAAAUUGUCACAAUGUCCAGUAGCCAAUUCUUAAUCACACGCACACGCACACACGCACGCACACGCGCACACACACACGCACACACGCACACACACACACGCACGCACAC